AUGCGUUGAAAGCGGUGGCUAAUAGCUAAUUCGCAUAAGGACGUCGGAACAAUGUACUUUAUUGUGGGAAUGUGGUCAGGUCUGGGCGGCCUAUCCUUGAGUUGGAUAAUGCGGCUCGAGUUAAGUCGGCCUGGAAUGUGGCUACCUAGCACAGAAAUGUACAACUGGAUUGUUACUCUUCAUGCGAUUAUGAUGAUUUUCUUCUUUGUUAUGCCGGUUCUUAUUGGAGGGUUUGGAAACUGGCUUCUGCCUUUGUUGUUGGGGGGAAUUGACAUAAGAUUCCCUCGGGUCAACGCUCUGAGGUUUUGGCUUGUCCCUUUUGCUCUAUAUAUGGUGGUGGUCUCACCUUUUAUUGAGCAAGGAAGGGGAACAGGUUGAACUAUGUAUCCUCCUCUUUCUUCAACUCCGUACCAAGGGGACAUUUGCACGGAUAUGGUAAUUCUAGGAUUGCACCUGUCUGGGGUUAGCUCUACUGCCGGGGCAAUUAACUAUCUAGUUACUUUUCUGAAUAUGCGUGGUAAAAGGUAUAAGGCGGAGUUUUGUCCGCCAUUCGUUUGGGCUCUAGCUGUAACUAGGUUUCUACUAAUGAUGUCCCUUCCGGUUUUAGCCGGGGGGUUAACUAUGUUGAUCUUGGACCGGCAUUUUAAUUGUACUUUCUUCGACCCUUCGGGGGGAGGGGAUCCUGUGCUGUUUCAACAUUUAUUUUGGUUUUUUGGGCACCCCGAGGUUUACGUAUUAAUUCUUCCCGGAUUUGGAUUAGUAUCACACAUGUUGGUUUUUUAUACCAAGAAGAUUCGGGUAUUUGGUGCGGUGGCAAUGAUGUAUGCCAUAAUCUCUAUCGGAAUUCUAGGGUUUAUUGUGUGGGGUCAUCAUAUGUUUACCGUAGGGCUAGAUGCGGAUACCCGUUUCUACUUUACCGCGGUAACCAUGCUAAUUGCUGUGCCUACGGGGGUUAAGGUGUUUGGUUGGAUUGCAACUAUUUUUGGGUCUUUUUUAAGGUUUGAGGCUCCUAUACUAUGGGUAAUUGGGUUCAUUUUAAAGUUUACUGUGGGGGGAAUCACUGGAAUUAUUCUGUCUAAUGCUUCUCUAGACGUAGCUCUCCACGACACUUAUUAUGUAGUAGCUCAUUUUCAUUAUGUGUUGUCGAUGGGUGCGGUCUUCACUAUUUUUGGUUCGUAUGUCCAUUAUUUUUCGUUGCUUACGGGGAAUGUUUUCCACCGAAGUUGGGCGCGAGGUCACUUCGUUUUAACUUUUGUUGGGGUGAAUUUAACGUUCUUUCCGCAGCACUUUUUAGGAUUAAGAGGUAUGCCACGACGGAUUCCAGACUACCCCGUUUUUUAUUAUUAUUGGAAUCAGUGAAGAACGGUCGGAUGUGCUAUAAUUCUUUGUAGGGUUUCUCUUUUUCUGCACAUGCAACUAGAGGCCUUCCUAAGGUCUCGUCGUCCUUUAAUGGUUGGUAAUCGUCCUAGAAGGUUGGAGUGGGUAGUGAUACGGGGUUUUCCGUGUAUGCGUCGCCAUACCUUUGUGGAGUGUUUAGCUAUUCGCCGAAUGUAUAAGGUCACGAACCGUCGUAAGAAGUUUAUGGCUACAGUUGAUCCUGAAGAAGUGGAGUAUGCAAGGGGAUUUGUGGUUUCUGAGGCAAAAAAAAUUUAG